AUGACUGGUAUCGAUGAUGUCGGGCCUUCCAAACAGGCUGAAGCACGCGGCAAGACUAGCGAGACUCGCAUGACGGCCAGACUGGUCACCAGUCUCGCGGAAAAGCUCGCCACUCCUCACCCACUCGUGGUCACUCAGUCAGAGCACCUAGCAACCAAGCUUGUUCUUACCUGGAAUACGUUCGUAAUGUCUGGAGCGAAAGACAACUCGUUCAUCGAUAUGAUGCUGGCAGCCAUGGAGAACUCUAGCGUCGAUCUGGAGUACGGACCCCAAACAGGCUCAGAUGUUGAGAGCGCGUUCUUCGACUUUAGCUCUGAUCUCACCCGGGCCCAGUCUGACGAACUACGUGAAGAAGCAGCGCGGUUGAACCCGAAGCUCCGCGACAUUGACCCCGAACUCAUCAUGGCCGUUCACAAGGCCCUUCGUACCGAUGUCGGCACUGAACUCGAAGGCGAGCAGCACCUGGGCGACAUCUUGCCCCGCAACUCUCUCCUCUUCUUUUUCCAAUGUUGCCUUGAGAUUAUUCCAACGGCUCAUGCUAAUGAGGAUGUUGUUUUGCGGGAAGUGAAGGCGAUUCUGCCCCACUGCCAGCGGUACAGUAACAACAUCCCUCGCACUUCGCUCGAGAAGCCGGUGGACAACGGGGCAGCCAAAUCCCAGCCAGUCACGGCCGCAAACUUCCAGGCAGUUCUCUUGGCCGUGAAAUCGUACCUGGGAGCUUCGGUCGCCCACGCAAACAGAGCUUUGGAGUCUGUUGCCGGUGAGCAUGUAGCGCUUCUCAAGGACACAGACAUGAACUCUCUCAUGGAGAAGCUGGGGAAAGCGACUGACAUUGCCGAUGCGACGUCCUUGUUUGAACAGGUUUCUGCACUUCACGCUGUUCAGUAUGCGAUUGCCGCCCGGACUGCGGCCCAGUCGAACGAGGACAUCAUCCCCCUCAUCGACAAAAUGGUGGAAGCCAUCGAAUCGAGCAACCCAUGA